UGUCGAACGAUGGCAGCUACAGCACCAUAUCGUUUCCCUAUUCGCAAUGCCGGCAUAGGCGUUGUGCCCUGAGCGGGCAGCAUAAAUAACCUGCAAGGAGUCGAUGGUCUAGUGGGUGACAUGUAGGCAGGCCUGUCAAACCAAGUAUUCCCAACACUUCCUUCAUCUCUCAAUGACACUUUAACUCCAUUAGUCGCUUUAAUCAUUGUUCGCACCAGUCCCUAAUGGCAGAAGAUUCGGAUUACAAGCUCAAGUGUGACGCCUCUCUUUCAGAGGAGAUAGAGAAUGUUAUUACCUCGCCUUUCUCUCCCGAGGAGGAAAAGGCCCUCGUGCGGAAGGUUGAUUUGACUUUGCUUCCAACAAUAUGGAUCAUGUACCUCCUUUCCUACAUGGAUCGGACCAAUAUCGGUAACGCAAAGAUCUCGGGUAUGCAGGAGGAUUUGGAUUUGACAUCCGGCCAAUAUUCGAUUGCUCUGGUUGUCUUCUUCAUCGGAUAUGUUGUCUUUGAAGUUCCCAGCAACUUAGUACUAAGCCACACGCGCCCAUCGUUGUUCCUAACUGGUAUCAUGGUAAUAUGGGGAGCACUAACCUGUGUGAUGGGCGUGAUAAAAGACUACAAACACCUUGUGGUAUUGCGCGCACUGAUUGGCUGUGUUGAAGCGGGCUUCGCACCUGGUGUCCUUCUUGUCCUCUCGUCUUGGUACAAACGGACGGAACAAUCGAAGCGAUUUGGUGUCUACAUUUCUGCUGCAAUUCUUUCAGGGGCGUUUGGAUCUUUACUAGCAGCAGGUAUUAUCCAGGGUCUAGAGGGAGUUCAUGGAAUAAGAGGGUGGAGAUGGCUGUUCAUUGUGGAGGGAUCUGCAACUGUGGGAGUAGCGAUCAUAUGUGCCUUCAUUUUGCCCGACUUUCCGGCCACCUCUAGGCGCUUAUCAGAACGAGAGCGACAUGUGGCUAUCGCACGGCUAGCGACAGACAAUGUCACAUCUUUGACCGAAGACAGCCCGGAAUUGUCACAUUGGAAUGCUGUUGUCGAGUCGGCUAAGGAUUGGCGGACCUGGGGAUUUGUGGUCGGAUAUAUGGUCAUAGUCGGCUCUAGCACACUGUCCUACUUCUACCCUACACUCGUGAAGGGCCUUUUCGGAGAUUCAUCCACUGAAAGGGUGAACUUCCUGACAGUACCGAUCUACGCAGUCGCAUUUGUCUGCACCGCCAUCACCGCAUACUUCAGCGACAAAAUUCCCCAAUGGCGAGGUCUUGUCAUUGCUGGCUGGCUGAGUGCAUCGCUAGCUUGUUCCAUUGCAGUUUGUGUUGUAUACAACUAUACUGCACGGUAUGUCCUUCUCGUACUUAUGGCUGCCGGAUUGUGGGCAACCAAUGGAGGCACCCUUGCGUAUGCGUCAUCUGCAUUUGCGAACAUGCACCCGCAAGUAAGAGGCGUCAGCCUUGCGCUAGUAAAUGCAUUGGGGAAUCUAGCCCAAAUAUACGGCUCGUACUUGUUCCCUUCCUCCGACGGUCCGAAGUAUAUCAUGGGGUUCUCGGUGAUAUCCGCAAUGCUUGCUCUCGGAGUGGUAGUCUUUCUUGUGAUACACGUCUGGUUUCGUCGGCGCGCGAUUGCCAUCAGCCAUACGUGAUGCUUCAUGCUGGUCAUGGGCUCUCUCAUUGCUAGCAUAGAGAAAUGAAGUACUAACGACAUGAUGGAGAUGAUGUUAGGGUUAUUAGCCUGUGAAAGUACAUUUACAAGUACCUGCUUUACGA